CGGGGCUGAAACCCGGAGAGCAGCGGGAGGACAGGAAGGGAACAUCAAGGGAAACUGGAGGGUUUGAGAUUAACAUUUGGGAAGGGCUGAUGGGAUGGGAUUAGAAUUUCAGAACAAACUGGGGGGCAGGGAGAGGCGGGGAGGAGGUGGGAUCUGGGGCCGAGUUGGGGAUAAUUCCACUAGGGCACUGGGAGCGCAGGAACAACGUAGGGACCAGGGUGGGCUGUGGAUGGGACGCCCUUGCGGAAUUGGAGAGGCCGAGUGGACCCAGGGCGGGUGUGGUUGGGGAAAGGACCUAAAUGGAGCCUCUCCUGAGAGAGGCGGCGGGGACAGGACUUGCAGGGUAGACCCCGCGCGAAGACAGAAUUAAAGGGAAAACGGGCCAGGACCGGACUCUGGGGACAGACUGUGGGCGGAGAUGGAACGGUCAGCCUCCUGGGGCCUGCAGUGCAUGCGGUGUGAGAGCAGCGGGCAUUGCCAGGUGGAGGAGUGCGCCCCGGGCCAGGACCUCUGCAGGACCACGGUCAUGCGCAUAAGCGAAGGUGGGCUCCAGCACGACGGGAAACAAGAGGAUGAGCUGGAGGUGGUGGAGAGAGGCUGUGCCUACCCAGAGAAGACCAACAGGACCAUGAGCUAUCGGACUGGUUUGCAGAUCAUCACCCUUACAGAGACCGUGUGUGGGGCAGACUUUUGCAACCGGCCCAGACCUGGCCGCCGCGCUCCCUCCUUUCCCCGAAGCCGUUCCCUUGAAUGUGUUUCCUGCGCCUCAUCAGACAUGAGCUGCGAGAGGGGCCGGGAACAGAGCCUCCAGUGCCGCAGCCCUAAAGAACAGUGCCUGGAGGUGGUGACCUACCGGAGCCUUGAAGGGGAUCUAAAUGAUGAGCAACACACCCGCGGCUGUGGCCACCUUCCUGGAUGCCCAGGCCCCACCGGCUUCCACAACAACCACACCUUUCACUUUCUGCAGUGCUGCAACACCACCAAAUGCAACGGGGGCCCAGUCAUGGAGCUUCAAAACCUGCCACUGAACGGCUUCCAGUGUUACAGCUGUGAGGGGAACAGCACCCAUGGGUGUUCCGCUGAAGAGACUUCCCUCAUCGACUGCCGAGGCCCCAUGAAUCAAUGUCUGGAAGCCACUGGCACUAAUGGGCCGGGGACCCCAAGCUACACAGUAAGAGGCUGUGGGACAGAUUCAUGGUGCCAGCGCGUCCACGUGGCUGAUGCCUUCAGCCUGACCCAUCUCAAUGUCACGUGCUGUAAUGGAAGUGGCUGUAACCACCCUGCUCGGGAUGUCCAGCACCGCAGAGGGGGUGCCCCUCGGCCUGGCCCUGCCCACCUCAGCCUCACUGUCACCCUGCUUAUGACCGCCAGACUGUGGGGGGGCACUCUCCUCUGGACCUGAACCCAACCCCCCAAUCUCUAGCCCGGCUGGAUCCGGGGGACUCCUUUGCCCUUCCCUCAGCUCUCAGCCCUGCAAACUUGCUGUGUGACCUCAAGCCAGUGUGCCAACCUCUCUGGGCCUCAGUUUUCCCAAUCGUCAAAUACCUAUCUCAUCGAGUUGUUAUGAGAACCAGAGAAGAGAAGCUGGAGAAAAGCUGUGGGCCAGCAGGAAAGCUGUUGUUAUGAAUAAUGUUGCCGCUAUUGUUAUUAUUAAUUAAUAUUCAUAUUAUUUAUUUUAUACUUAAAUAAAGAUUUUUUUAUACUUAACGCUUUUU